UCUCAAAUUUCACAAGACAACAAAAACAAAAGCCUUAGCAAAAAAAUACUUUGAAUAUUUUCAAGCUUCAUAUUAUUAUUUACUUUGAAUUAGUAAUGGAUAGAGUAAAGGAUUUGGCAUCAAAGAAAGCUGCAGUUAUAUUUACAAAGAGUUCAUGUUACAUGUGUCAUAGCAUCAAACAACUUUUCUAUGAACUUGGAGCAAGUCCUGCAGUAUAUGAACUAGAAAAUGAUACAUAUGGUAGAGAAAUGGAAUGGGCUUUGAGGGGUAAUUUUGGAUGUAACCCUUCAGUUCCAGCAGUGUUCAUAGGUGGAAAAUUUGUAGGAUCCUCAAAAGAUGUGAUAUCUCAUCAUGUUGAUGGAUCACUCAAACAAAUGCUUAUGGAUGCAAAGGCCAUUUGGUUUUAGUUAUAGUUUCAUUCAGAACUCUUUAUAGCUUUAUACCAAAAGUGGUACGAAGGAAGGAGUUCUGGUAAUAUUUUGCAGACAAAUGUUUAAACAGGACACAUUUGGUUUUUCUUGUGUGUGAUUCUGUAUAAUUUCAGUUGAUACGAAGUCUGUAUAAAAUGUAGUCUUGUUUUUUGCAUUUUCUAAAGGGCUAAUUAUGUGUCUGCUAAGAUCAUAAACUUUGAUCAUAAGGGCGGUCGAGUGCACCAAGUAUCAGGUGGGGUUUGAGGAGUGAGGAGGGUAGAUGUAUGUAGUAUUAGCGUACUACUCCCGCAUGUAGAGAGGUUGUUUUCAAGAUUUGAACUCUUUCGUGACUAGUCGGUCACAAGGAAGCAAUUUUAUCAUUGCACCAAGUUUUAUCUCAUAAAAAAUGUAUAACA